GAGUAAUUUAGCCAGACACAAACGAAUUCACACGGGAGAGAAACCGUUCCACUGUCAAGUGUGCGAGAAGUCAUUCCUCUCUAAAAACGAUUUAGUGAAACACAUCAGAGUCCAUACAGGAGAAAGACCUUCUCAUUGUGAGAUUUGUGGAAAAAGUUUUCUCGACAACAGUAAUUUAAGGACCCAUAAACGAACACACACUGGGGAAAAACGGUUCCACUGUGAUACUUGUGGUAAAUCUUUCACUCAAAAUGCUCAUCUUGUUUCUCACAAAAGAGUCCAUACUGGAGAAAGACCUUAUCAUUGUGGGCUGUGUGGGAAAUCUUUCUCCCACAGCUCAGCCCUUG